AUGACAUUGCAGGGCAUUUUACGCAAGUCGCCAUUAGCCGGCUAUGGCCAGGCUAUCCGCGAUGCUCCUAGGGAGACCAUUUUCAACCGCCAUCUACUACUAUCGGCCUUGGUCUACGCUCUUGGCGGUAUGCCUGUCAUCUGGGAUCAAGGAGCCUCAUCCGUUAUGCCCUCUCUACCUGGUUUCCAACAACACUUCAAUAUCAAGUCAGGCACCAAUGCGAACGAGAUUCGAAACUUUAUCUCCAUCGUCUAUAUUGGCUUCGGCUUCGGAUCUGGCUUGACAUUCUUUAUCAACGACAGACUCGGAAGAAUAUGGUCGUAUCGCCUUUACACGCUAGUCUACUGCAUCGGCACUCUCAUUGCCAUCUUCUCGCCCAACGUAGGAGUCCUCUAUGCUGGGCGUGUUGUCCAAGGUCUUGGCCUGGGACCCCUAACGGUUAGCGGACCAAUAUCGAUUGUUGAGAUCUCGCCACCGCAAAUUCGAGGCCUGCUGACCAGUUGGUUCAACGUUGCUAUGGGCAUUGGUCUCAUUGGAGCUACCUUCUGCACGCUUGGUUGUUUUCGCCAUGUACCCGUGGGCAAGCUUCAAUUCCAGGUCGUCAUGUUUGUACCGAUGAUCUACCUUGCUGUAUGCAUGGUGGGGACCUUGUACAUUGAAGAGUCUCCCCGCUGGCUGUUCCUCGUCAAUCGUCGCCAGGAGGCAAUUGCUGCGCUAGCGAGGAUCCGGGGCCUGCCUGCAGAUGAUCCGCGCGUACAGCGUGAGGUUGCGGAAAUCGAAGAUGAUAUCAACCACACGGCAGAGGCACGAGGCAAUGCUGGCUUGUGGACCAUUGCCAAAGAGACCUUCACCUCGGCUUCGAAUCUGCGGCGCGUGCAGCAGAGCCUUCUCACAUACGCUCUCGCGCAAUUGUCUGGCGCGAACCUCAUCACGUCCUACUUUGUGCCCAUCAUGGCCAUUGUCGGCGUUUCCGGUAGCACCGACCAAUCUAUGUUUCUGAGUGGCAUGUAUGCCACGUCCAAGUUGAUCUUCUUGUUGUUCGCUACUUUCUUCUUGAUAGAUGCUUUCGGUCGGCGAAGAUCCCUGUUUCUGGGUGCUGCUGUACAAAUGGCCACACAUCUUUACCUCGCUGUCUAUAUUCGGUUUUCGCAGCAGGGACCCGUACCUGGAGCGGCCUCGCAGGCUGCUGUGGCGGCCUUGUUCAUUCAUGCAUUUGGCUACAGCGUGGGCAAGUUUGAAAUUGAGCAAUAG